AUGUAUCAUCUCAUUCCAAGCAGAAGGAAACUCCUUCAAAUCACUACCACUCCCAAAGAUUCAUCAACUCAUUUUCUCUUUCUUCUUUUCAAACAAAACCCAUCUUCUCUAAAACCCUUCUCUAACAUCUCCGCCAACAAUCCCACCGAAACCCAAACACCACCUUCCUCUUUUACACUCUCUUACCUCAUCAACUCAUGUGGCCUCUCCUUACAAUCAGCCCUCUCAGCUUCCCUAAAAAUCCAACUUCAAUCGCCAGAAAAUCCAGAUUCUGACCUCUCAUUCUUCAGAAACCAUGGAUUCACCAAAACCCAGAUCGCACAUCUCAUCGCCAAGCUCCCACGGAUCCUCCUAGCCAAUCCCGACAAAACCCUCAAGCCCAAGAUCCAAUUCUUCCAUGGUUUGAACAUUCCGGGCCCAAUCCUUACUAAGAUCAUCUCUUCAGACCCCAUCAUCUUGACUCGUAGCUUGAAAAACCAAAUCAUCCCGUCGGUUGAUUUCAUUAAAACUUAUGUCCACACCAAUGAAUGUGUUCUCUAUUGCAUGCGGCGCUCAACCCGCAUUCUACGAUGCAAUCUCCAAAAAGUAAUGGAACCCAAAAUCGGAAUAUUGAGGAAGCAUGGUAUGCCUGAAUCCAAAAUUUCGAGAUUGAUAAUGAUUGAGCCCAGAGUGCUGUUGAGAGAUGCUGAACAGUUGAAUGAGAUCAUUACCAUGGUUAAGAAAUUGGGUUUUGAUCCGUUAACUGGGAAUUUCAUCCUAGCCAUCAAUGUGGUGUCAAUGAACAGAUUGAAAUGGGAACAGAAGGUGACUGUUUAUCAGAGCUUAGGGUGGUCUGUAGAUGAGUUCCUCUCGGCAAUCAGAAGGCAACCAUAUUGUAUGAAGACAUCAGAGAAGAAGAUCAAGAGAGUGAUGAGUUUCUUCACAAACAAAAUGGGUUGGAAGCCAUCAGAUCUUUCUAGAUACCCAGGUAUUCUAAUGCUUAGCAUGGAGAAGAGGAUUGUCCCAAGAUGUUCGGUUCUUCAAAUCCUAAUUUCAAAGGCUCUUGUUAAGGAUUCUUGCAUAAAUAUGGCAUUGAUUGUUAGCGACAAGAUUUUUGUGGAGAGAUUUCUUACCAAGUAUCUCGAUGACGUUCCUGAAAUUCUGACAGUGUAUCGAGGUAAAAUGGGAUUUCUACCAUUAGGUGUGAAGUCUGAAGAUGCGGGCGGUGGGCUCUAA